AUGGCGACGAGCACUCGAGCCCUCUUUCUCUCCUGCUUCCACGGCGGCGGCGCCGAGGUGAGCCGCCACCUCGCGCUGCGGCCGCGGUACCCGUCCAAUCCGCGGCGCCCUAGGUCGGCCGCGGUUGCCGGCGAAGGAAGUGAAGGCGGAGGAAGCGGCGGUGACCUGGAGGCCGCGAAGGGGACGGCGGAGAGGGACGAGGAGGAGAAAGUGUCGGUGUUUGCGGUGACGGGAAUGACGUGUGCCGCCUGCGCGGGGUCGGUGGAGAAGGCCGUGAAGCGGCUCCCGGGCAUCCAUGACGCCGCCGUCGACGUGCUUGGAGGCCGUGCGCAGGUCGUCUUCUACCCAGCCUUCGUCUCGGAGGAGAAAAUUAGGGAAGCAAUCGAGGAUGUUGGUUUUGAAGCUAAGCUGAUUAACGAGGAGGUCAGGGAAAAGAACAUUCUAGUAUGCAGGUUACAUAUAAAAGGAAUGACCUGCACGUCCUGCACUGGCACAGUAGAAUCUGCCUUGCAAGCUUUUCCUGGUGUUCAAAGAGCUUCAGUUGCGUUGGCUACUGAAGAGGCAGAGAUCCAUUAUGAUCGCAGGAUUGUUGCUGCCAGCCAACUUAUCCAUGCAGUGGAAGAAAUUGGCUUUGAAGCAAUACUAAUCACUACAGGAGAAGAUCGGAGCAGGAUAGACCUCAAACUAGAUGGCGUUCUGAGCGAGAGGCUAACAAUGAUACUGAAAAGCUCUAUCCAAGCUCUUCCUGGUGUGGAAGACGUAAAGGUUGACACUGAACUCCACAAGAUCACCGUCUCGUACAAGCCUGACCAGACAGGUCCCAGGGACCUCAUUGAAGUCAUCGAGUCAGCCACUUCUGGUGACGUUACUGCAUCAAUAUAUGCCGAAGCAGAAGGAAGGGAGCAUCACAGGUAUGUGGAAAUCAAGCGAUACAGGCAGUCUUUCUUGUGGAGCUUAAUAUUCACUAUUCCGGUGUUUCUCACUUCCAUGGUGUUCAUGUACAUCCCUGUGCUGAAGGAUGGGCUCGAAAAAAAGGUUGUCAACAUGAUGAGCAUUGGUGAACUAUUGCGGUGGAUUUUAUCGACACCAGUGCAAUUUGUAAUUGGCCGCAAGUUUUAUACUGGUGCUUACAAGGCAAUAUGCCAUGGCUCAUCAAACAUGGAUGUCCUUAUUGCCCUAGGGACAAACACGGCUUACUUCUACUCAGUUUACUCAGUUCUUCGAGCAGCUACCUCUGAGAAUUACAUGUCAACUGAUUUUUUUGAGACUAGUUCUAUGCUCAUAUCUUUUAUCCUUCUUGAAAGAAAUGUAGUAGGAGAGAAGGAGAUUGACAGCAGGCUAAUUCAGAAAAAUGAUGUGAUCAAAGUAGUCCCGGGUGGAAAAGUUGCUUCUGAUGGAUUUGUUAUUUGGGGCCAGAGCCAUGUGAAUGAAAGCAUGAUUACUGGAGAAUCACGGCCAGUAGCGAAGAGGAAGGGUGACACUGUAAUUGGAGGGACAGUGAAUGAGAAUGGUGUGCUCCAUGUCCGGGCAACAUUUGUCGGAUUAGAGACUGCACUGGCACAGAUCGUAAGGCUAGUUGAGUCAGCACAAAUGGCAAAAGCUCCUGUCCAGAAGUUCGCUGAUCAGAUAUCUAGAGUCUUUGUCCCACUGGUUAUUGUUCUAUCUUUGCUUACUUGGCUUGUGUGGUUCUUAGCUGGGAGAUUCCAUGGUUACCCUUACUCAUGGAUACCAUCUUCCAUGGAUAGCUUUCAGCUUGCUCUUCAGUUUGGAAUAUCAGUUAUGGUGAUUGCCUGUCCUUGUGCCUUAGGGCUGGCAACUCCAACUGCUGUUAUGGUUGCAACUGGAGUUGGUGCCUCACAAGGCGUUCUGAUCAAAGGCGGGCAAGCUCUUGAGAGUGCACAAAAGGUAGACUGCAUCGUCUUUGAUAAGACAGGAACGCUGACUGUUGGGAAACCAGUCGUUGUCAACACCAGGCUUUUCAAAAACAUGGUCUUGCGUGAGUUCUUUGACUAUGUUGCAGCAGCAGAGGACAACAGUGAGCACCCUCUGGCAAAGGCAAUAGUGGAGCAUGCAAAGAAGUUCCACUCAGAAGAAAACCACAUCUGGCCGGAAGCAAGAGAUUUCAUUUCGGUUCCCGGACAUGGUGUCAAGGCCAAAGUUUUUGAUAAGAGUGUCAUUGUCGGGAACAAGAGUUUCAUGUUGUCAUUAAGCAUUGAUAUCCCCAUGGAAGCUUCAGAGAUUCUCAUAGAAGAAGAGGAAAAUGCACAUACAGGCAUUAUUGUGGCUAUGGAUCAAGAAGUUGUGGGCAUAAUUUCUGUAUCUGACCCGAUAAAACCAAAUGCCCAUGAAGUUAUAUCUUACCUCAAGUCCAUGAAUGUGGAGAGCAUAAUGGUGACUGGGGACAACUGGGGGACUGCUAACGCCAUCGGCAAAGAGGUUGGCAUUGAAAAGAUUAUCGCCGAAGCAAAACCUGACCAGAAAGCUGAAAAGGUGAAGGAACUUCAGCUGUCAGGAAAAACUGUGGCGAUGGUUGGUGACGGAAUAAAUGACUCCCCAGCACUCGUUUCAGCUAAUGUAGGUCUGGCCAUUGGCGCUGGAACAGAUGUCGCCAUUGAAGCAGCCGACAUCGUCCUCAUGAAGAGCAACUUGGAGGAUGUGAUCACUGCUAUCGAUCUCUAG